AUGGCGGUACCAGUCAAAUAUCUAAAUGUGAACGUCGACGGCCUGGAUCUCUUCUACAGAACAUCCGGACUGGAGACAAAUCCAACAAUCCUGUUGCUCCACGGCUUUCCAUCAUCGUCCCAUCAAUAUCGCAACCUGAUCCCACUCUUGGCCGACAAGUACCACGUCAUUGCUCCCGACCUUCCAGGAUUCGGCUUCACCGAAGUGCCAGAGAGCCGGCAAUAUGCAUACACAUUCGACAAUAUUGCCAGAACGAUAUCCUUGUUCCUCGACGAGCUCUCCGUGAAGAGCUUUUCGGUGUAUAUCUUCGACUACGGCGCCCCUACGGGCUUGCGGUUGGCGUUGGAACGCCCGGACGCCGUCAAGGCCAUUAUCUCGCAGAACGGCAAUGCGUAUGACGAGGGCCUCGGUGCUUUCUGGGAUCCGAUACGCAAGUAUUGGGCGUCCGGGGCACAGGAGGACCGUGAGGUAUUGAGACCGGCGCUUCUGGGGUUUGCACCUACCAAAUGGCAGUAUACUUAUGGUUCGCCCAACCAGGAGGUCAUCGCGCCAGAGACGUAUACCCUCGACUACACCCUGCUUUCGCGGCCUGGGAACAAUGAUAUCCAGCUGGAUCUCUUUAAGGAUUAUGCCAAUAACCUACCUUUAUACCCUAAGUUUCAGGAGUAUUUCAAGAAGUCUCAAGUGCCCGUGCUGGCUGUUUGGGGUAAGAAUGAUUUGAUUUUUGUCCCACCCGGUGCGGAGGCUUUCAAGAGAGAUCUACCAAAGGCAGAGGUGCAUUUGAUCGAUGCCGGCCACUUUGCAAUCGAGACUCAUACUGUUGAAAUUGCGAACCUGAUCCGGGAGUUUCUUGCAAAGAACGGGGUAGUGUAG